AUGGCUUACGGUAGCUGGAUUUCAAGGCCGAUUUGGUCUUAUGAGAUCGAUGAUAUAGUCGCAUUAUGGCAUCUUUAUCGCAUUCCAAUCAUUCUUACGACGGCCACGAUUCUCAUACUCGUCAGGAUAACCCUUCGUCCGCGAACAGUGAGGGAGAAACUAUCUGCAUCGCCUUUGCCCUCAUCACCGCUUCUACCUGCGGUGAAAGAAAAGAUAUCACCACCUGUAAUUGACGAAAAGAAAGCCAAUGGCGUCAAAGCCCCACGAAGAAUAGUCGGAGGCAUCAAAAAACGCAAAUCUUCCGAGGAAAACCUGCAGACUGGCCCCCAAAAGAUUCAACCCCUCGUUUUCUUUUCAUCAUUGACUGGCACGACAGAAAAGACUGCCAAUGCUUUUGUGGAGAGCAUUAGAGGCGAUCUCUCUGGACGUGCCAAUGGGCAAAGAAUUCAAUUUCUCGAAUCUCAACUACUCGAUUUAUCAUAUAUUGACUAUGAUGACUACUUCAUCAACCCACCAAAGGGCGAAUCUGGAGUUAGCUACUUUUAUCUAGUGCUCAUCCCUAGUUAUAAUAUCGAUACUGUGUUGGACAAUUUCCUGGAACAUUUACAAGAAACACAUAAUGAUUUUAGAAUCGACACAGCGCCAUUGUCGCCCUUGGUAGGGUACUCAGUGUUUGGGUUUGGGGAUAGAGAGGGUUGGCCAACGGAGGAAGAAGGAUUCUGUUCGCAGGCUAAGGACGUGGAUAAAUGGUUAGCGAAAUUAACGGGAAGAAAGAGAGCGUUCCCUCUGGGAAUGGGCGAUGCAAAGACGGACGCAAAAGAAAGGUUGGCGGAAUGGAAGGAGGGAGUGGUAGACGUGCUGGAGCAUAUUGCAAAGACUGGAAAUCUAGGCGAAGGGGUUGUCGGAAGUGGAGAUGCGGUAGAGAGUGAUGUGGAGGAUAUUGAGGAUGACGAUGAUGGGGAAGUUCUUUUUGAUGAACAAAAUGUUGCGUCGAGAAAAGCCAGGACGCAAAAGAAAGAUGACAGUCUAAACGAUUUAGAGGAUAUUGGUGGUGUUCUGAAUAAUACUGAAACCAUAGACAAUACUACUGGUGAAGAACCGGAAGAACUCGAGAUAGACUUCACGACAGUCGGAUUGAAGAAGGGGAAGGCCAAGACAGCUCCAGUUGUCGCUAAGGAGAUGGUUCCAACAACUUCGCCUACAUAUGCAGCUUUAACAAAGCAAGGCUACUCAAUUGUAGGGUCGCAUUCAGGAGUCAAGAUUUGUAGGUGGACAAAAUCGGCUUUGCGAGGCAGGGGAUCUUGUUACAAAUAUUCAUUUUAUGGCAUUGCAUCUCAUCAAUGUAUGGAGACUACGCCAUCAUUGUCAUGUUCUAACAAGUGUGUUUUCUGCUGGAGACACGGUACUAACCCCGUUGGAACCACCUGGAGAUGGAAGGUAGACCAACCAGAAAUGAUCUUCAAUGGUGUCAAAGCUGGACACUACAAGAAGAUCAAGAUGAUGAGAGGUGUUCCUGGUGUCCGAGCCGAACGUUUCGCGGAAGCAAUGCGCAUUCGUCACUGUGCUUUAAGUUUAGUCGGCGAACCAAUUUUCUACCCUCACAUCAACGAGUUCACGAGUAUGCUCCACAAAGAACACAUCUCCACCUUCCUUGUUUGCAAUGCACAACAUCCAGAUCAACUCGCCACCCUUCAGCCCGUCACUCAACUCUACGUUAGUAUCGACGCUUCAAACAAGGAAUCUCUCCGUAAAAUCGACAGACCCCUCCAUCGAGAUUUCUGGGAACGCUUCCAGCGCUGUCUCGAAAUUCUCCGCGAGCGUCGCUUUGAACAGCGUACCGUAUUCCGUCUUACGCUCGUCAAAGGUUUCAAUAUCGAAGAUGAAGCGGAAGGUUAUGCCGAUCUUGUCGAAAAGGGAUUGCCUUGUUUCGUGGAGGUCAAAGGAGUGACAUAUUGUGGAACAUCAUCUUCCGCUGGUGCAGGACUCACGAUGCAAAACGUACCAUUCUAUGAAGAGGUUUGCGCCUUUGUCGAAGCUCUUACCGCAUCCCUUAAGAGAAGAGGAUUAGGUUAUGGUAUUGCAGCAGAACAUGCUCACAGUUGUUGUAUCUUGAUUGCAUCUGAUAGAUUUAACAUUGCGGGUAAAUGGCACACGAGGAUCGACUACAAGAAGUUUUUCGAGUGCUUAGAGAGUGGAGAGAAGUUUGGCCCAGAGGAUUAUGUGGGUGCUGAGACCCCAGAAUGGGCAACAUGGGGACAGGGUGGAUUUGAUCCAAGGGAUGAGAGAGUAUAUAGGAAAGGGAAGAAUAAGGUCCCUUUGCCGGAAAUUCAAGGCAUGAUUAUGGGAGAGGUUCAAGAUGGGGGUGAGGAUAAGGUUGCUGAAAACAGCACCAAGGAUGAUCUUGCUUUCUAG